AUGGAAUGGCUACAACCAGAAGAGGGCGCUAGGAGUACUGUUACUGAGCAACGCCUUCAAGCACCACUGUGGUAUCUAAUACCAACAUCUCCUCCUUCAAUCCGUGUUAAUCUCCCCCACCCCCACCUCUUUUCUCUCACCAACAACGUAGCGGAAGUUGGGAGGGAACAGCACCAGCAGUCUGGGGAGUUGGAGGAAGAUGAAAUAGUUCACAGCUGCAAACCCUCCUCCCCUACUCACCAUCUCAGUGCACUGCUAUCUGGCAUCCAGAGCGACCUCAGGGAAACGCUGCACCUGGGCCCUUUGGAGCAGAAGCUGUUGAUUGUCGUUGGCCAGGCCAUGCCCCUUUCUCCUUUGCUAUCUGACCCUGAAGAUUUGGAAAAGUUAAUAAAGCUAGGCCAGAUCCAGGCACAAGAUGGGACUCUCACAACAAAUAUCAUUCGCAACAAGUUCCAGUAAAGAUACAGUUAUACUCUAAACUCUGCUUUUCAUUUUUGGCUACGAAAGUCUACCAAACAUUUCAUUUCCAUGACUGUGAAAGCUGAUGAUUAGAACAUCAAUCAUUUCAGCACACUGCCACUCUACUGGUCUGGAGAUAGCAAAAAUGUUUUUUUUUGGUUUAUAACUCUUGGGACGCUUUCCUGCAUGAUAGCAAUCAUGUCCAGAUUACCUGUACUGUUUCAGAACAGCAUCACAUACUGGACAAAAUUAGCUCUUUUUGUUUUUUAAAUAAAUGUUGUUUUUUUUUUUAUGAUAGAAAAAAGUAAACUUUCUAACUCUUCAUACACCGUUCAUCGGACACUAACCGAGAACAUGCCACAAAGUUCCUUUUGCUGCUCAUGGUGUCGAUAAUUGGCUUUAAACUGGUUUAUUGCUGCUUGCAGCUAUAUUUAUUAUCAUCAUCAACCCAGUUAAUGACAUGCCAAAUUGGGCUAGUUUAAAAAUACUCAGUGGCCACCUUAAUUUAUAGCAAAUUAUCACAAUUAAAUCUAAUAAAUUUCUACCAAAAAAAAAAAGUGAAAGUGCAGACAGUGUGUCUAGGGUUGGGCGAUAUGACAAAAAUAUCACGAUACACAAUGCACUCAUAAAAAUAUAUCAUGAUACCCGAGGACAUUUGUACGAUACACGAUGCACUCGGUGUCAUUUAAUUUGUAAUUAUUAAACACGUUUAAAAAAAAUACAAUCACCAUACCAAUGGUAUCUCAGAAAAGGUUAUUGCGUAGUCAUUUAGUGCGAUAUUGCCCAGCCCUAGUCUAUGCGCUACAGAACCAUUUCUAUUCUAAGAUAUGUUGUAAAGAUUAGGAAAGGAUUAUGGAGUGGGUAAUGUCCAAUGUGUGAAAAUGCAUGUGAAACACUUGUUUGCAAAGUCUGAGGAAAAAAAGAAACAUUUCCCUCUUUUCCAAUGCCCACAAUUGUCAAUUAUUAAUGCCACCCAGAUCCACCAAAAUAAAAUCAUGAGUUGCUUAUAUAAAUAAAGAAAGCUGCUAGUCAGACAAUUUUAUUUAAAAGAUUAUAUUGGAUAUUUUUUAUGUAUAAAACAUUGGCCAAUGGCUUGCUGACAUUUUGUCGAGGGCACAAUCAAUCAUAAACUUUAAAAAUAAAUAAAUAAAAUUUAAAAGAGAGGAUAAGGACUAUGGCUACACCAAGUCCUCCCUUACCUAGGAAUUUAUAUAUUCAUCUUACCAUACACCUUAUUGCACUUACCAUUUUUAGCCUAGUCAGUUAGCUAUCCCAGAAAGAAAAAUCAUGGGCCUGGGGAGCACAGUAGAGCUUUUACUUGCGUGAUGGACUAGCUAAUAGGUUUAUGAUUUGUCCACCCCUAAUCUGUAACAAACAAUACAUGAAUACAAUUAUAAUUGUAUGGAGCAAAAAUGAAUAACACCCAUAGUCCUAUGUAAGACCGUUAUAAAUAAAACACACGGCUCUUGUGGAAGCUGCUCUUUUAUUUGAAAAUCAACCAAGUUCUGCUCACAUACAUUUUAUAUAGUUAUAAACAAAAAUAGAAUCUACAGGGACAAUGCAGCAAGUAUGUUAAUUCAAUGGAAAGAAUCACUUCAUAUUUGGACCAUCUUCCAUGCUCCCCUAUCCGACAGGGUCUGGGUUUAUUUACACAAAGCACCGAUCAACAGUGCUUCCCUUUCCCAUGUUCUACUGCUCCUACUGUUAAUUUACAAGGACACUAACAGUCCCACCCUGAUGAUGGCAACCUGUGACACACACCCAUUUCCCUGUGCUCCUACUUCAGCGAAGGCCGCCCCCUAGUGCCAGUGGAAGAAAGAUGGCCCAAGCAUGAAGGCUACUUUGCACAUUCAAGUUGGAAAGGCAGCUGUAUAACUGUCAAUGUAAAAUAAUGACAUGUCAAGCAUAAAGCAAAACAGCUCCUCCCCUAAGCAAUGCUGCAGAAUCACAAAUGUAGUGAUACCAGUCUGAUAAAUGUUCCCUUGGAAAAACAAAAACAAACAAACAAAAAAAAAAUUAGGCACAGAAGUAACCAUGUGAGUUCAUAAAUUGUGUACUCUCCUCCCAUUUCCCUUACAAAAUAGAUAGAUAGACAAUUUAUUAUGCAGGGGGUGAGUUUGUGUACUAUGAAUAAUUGCACGAGAGAAGGAACGGGGUUCAAAGAAUAUUUAGUGCUCUGUGAUUCAGUUUACAGGUGGUUUGAUUUUUAUUUUCCAUUUUCUUUACAAUGUUUCUCUCAACACACCCACUCUCAAAAUCUAAUUCUGCAGCCAUACACACGAAAGCAUAUUCACUCCUACACACCUCUCAUUAAGGAAGAGAUUGAUAAAGUCAUAAUUUUAUGUCUUCACUGGGUAAAUCAUAAAUAAAUACAAACAAUACACAAGGAAUGUCUACUGCAAAUGUAAUAACAUGAACAAAUAAUUAACAAAAUCAUAAUACAAACUGAAGUCUCCAAGUCUUAAGGAUGCUGGUUAAAUUAGGGAAAUCAUGAUGGCUGAUCAGGACAAAAAAAAAAAAAAAAAAAAAAAAGGAAAGAAAUAA